GGGAGAUAUCGCUAUUGUUUUUCCUUAACAGAGUUUGGCAGAGUUAGAAGUACUAUGUAACCACCUCUAUGAGGGAACUGAUGUAGCACAGCGGAUGCAAGCUGAGAAGGUGCUCUUGGAACUCAUUGACAGCCCCGAAUGUCUCAGCCAGUGCCAACUUUUACUAGAACGAGGAACAACAUCCUACGCUCAGCUUCUAGCGGCAACAUGCCUCUCUAAACUUGUGAGCAGAACGACUCCUUUACCCGUUGAACAAAGGAUUGACAUCAGGAAUUACAUUCUGAACUACGUAGCAUCUCAACCCAAACUGGCUCCUUUUGUGAUCCAAGCUCUUGUUCAGGUCAUUGCUAAGAUUACAAAAUUAGGAUGGUUUGAGGUUCAAAAAGAUCAGCUCAUCUUCAGAGACAUAAUUGCUGAUGUAAAAAAGUUUUUGCAGGGUACUGUGGAUCAUUAUAUAAUUGGAGUGAUGAUUCUCUCAGAACUAACUCAGGAAAUGAACCUAGUGGAUUAUUCGAGACCUUCAGCCAAGCAUCGUAAAAUAGCUACCUCAUUUCGUGACACUUCUUUAAAAGACAUUUUGAUGCUGGCAUGUUCUCUUCUAAAGGAGCUAUUGGCGAAACCUUUAAAUCUUCAGGACCAACAGCAACAAAGUUUAGCAAUGCAUCUUUUGAAACUCGUUCUUAACUGUCUUAACUUUGACUUCAUUGGGAAUUCAGCAGAUGAGUCUGCAGAUGAUCUAUGCACUGUACAGAUUCCAACAAACUGGAGAACAAUCUUCCUGGAGCCAGAGACCCUGGACCUGUUUUUUGAUUUGUAUCAUUCCCUUCCCCCAAUGCUCUCUCAGCUAGCACUUUCCUGUUUAGUUCAGUUUGCUUCUACAAGGAGAUCUUUAUUUAGCAAUCCAGAACGUGCCAAGUAUCUUGGUAACCUGAUCAAAGGAGUGAAAAGAAUACUUGAAAAUCCUCAGGGUUUAUCUGAUCCAAGUAAUUACCAUGAAUUCUGUCGGUUUUUGGCUCGACUAAAGACAAACUACCAACUGGGAGAACUAGUAAUGGUGAAAGAAUAUCCAGAAGUUAUCCGACUGAUAGCCAAUUUCACUAUUACUAGCCUACAGCAUUGGGAGUUUGCUCCAAACAGCGUUCAUUAUUUGCUAACCCUGUGGCAGAGAAUGGUAGCAUCAGUUCCUUUUGUGAAAUCAACAGAACCCCACCUCUUGGAUACAUAUGCACCUGAGAUAACAAAAGCAUAUAUUACUUCCAGACUGGAAUCUGUUCCUGUAGUUGUAAGAGAUGGCUUGGAAGAUCCACUAGAUGAUACAGCUACAGUAUUUCAGCAGUUGGAGCAACUGUGCACAGUUAGCAGAUGUGAAUAUGAAAAAACCUGCGCACUGCUUGUACAAUUGUUUGAUCAAAAUGCACGAAACUACCAAAAGCUAUUGCAUUCUUCCAGUAGGAAUCCUUUAGAACUCACAGUUCAGGAAGGACGACUGGCAUGGCUAGUGUAUUUUGUGGGUACUGUUGUAGGAGGAAGGUUAACUUAUACCAGUACUGAUGAACAUGACGCAAUGGAUGGAGAAUUAUCUUGUCGAGUUUUUCAGCUGAUAUCCUUGAUGGAUGCCCAGUUACCACGGUCUAGUAAUGAAAAAGUAGAACUUGCAAUUCUAUGGUUUUUGGAUCAGUUCCGUAAAACAUACGUAGGGGACCAGCUCCAGCGUACCUCAAAGGUGUAUGCCCGAAUGUCAGAAGUCUUAGGAAUAACAGAUGACAGCCAUGUUCUUGAAACAUUUGUGGCAAAAAUUGUUACAAACCUUAAAUAUUGGGGAAGAUGUGAGCCUGUGAUUUCAAGAACUCUUCAGUUUCUAAAUGAUCUUUCUGUUGGUUAUAUUCUCUUAAAAAAACUAGUGAAAAUAGAUGCUGUGAAAUUCAUGCUUCAGACUCACACAAGUAAACACUUCCCUUUUUUGGGUGUCAAUGAUAAUUACAGUCUCAGCGACCUUAGGUGCCGAACAACAUUCUAUACGGCUCUCACCCGCCUCCUCAUGGUAGAUCUAGGUGAAGAUGAGGAUGAGUUUGAAAAUUUCAUGCUCCCCCUCACAGUUUCAUUUGAAACUCUAACUCAGAUAUUCAACAAUAGUUUUAAACAAGAGGCGGCAAAGCGUAUGUUGAUCGGGCUGGCAAGAGAUCUUCGAGGGAUUGCCUUUGCACUGAACACAAAGACCAGCUACACCAUGCUGUUUGACUGGAUAUACCCAUCAUAUCUUACUGUUCUACAAAGAGCUAUUGAAUUGUGGUAUCGUGAACCAACAUGUACAACUCCUAUAUUGAAGCUAAUGGCAGAGUUGAUGCAAAACAGAUCACAGCGUUUAAAUUUUGAUGUGUCAUCUCCAAAUGGAAUUCUUCUUUUCAGAGAAGCUAGUAAAAUGAUUUGUACUUAUGGUAAUCAGAUCCUAUCCCUUGGGACACUGUCAAAAGAUCAGGUUUAUCCAUUGAAACUCAAGGGUAUUUCCAUCUGCUAUUCUGCACUCAAAUCUGCCUUAUGUGGAAAUUAUGUCAGCUUUGGCGUCUUCAAGUUGUAUGGGGACAACCACUUUGACAAUGUACUUCAGGCCUUUGUCAAAAUGCUGCUGUCAGUAUCCCACAGUGAUUUGCUACAAUAUAGAAAACUAAGCCAGUCUUAUUAUCCACUCUUGGAAUGCCUGACCCAGGAUCAUAUGAGUUUCAUUACCAGUUUAGAACCUAAUGUGCUAAUCUAUAUUCUUACUUCAGUAUCUGAAGGACUUACUGCACUGGAUACUAUUGUCUCCUCCAGCUGUUGUGCUAGCUUAGACUACAUUGUUACCUACCUCUUCAAGCACAUAGCAAAAGAAGGCAAGAAACCACUCAGAUGUAAAGAAAUUUCACAGGAGGGACAAAGAUUACUACAUUUCAUGCAACAGAACCCGGAAGUACUACCACAGAUGAUGUCAAUUCUGAUGAACACCAUCAUUUUUGAAGACUGCAGAAACCAAUGGUCUGUGUCAAGACCACUGCUAGGACUUAUACUACUUAAUGAGAAGUACUUCAGUGAAUUAAGGGCAAGCUUGAUUACCAGCCAGCCUGACAGCAAGCGAGAAGUCCUUAACCAGUGCUUUAGGAACCUAAUGGAAGGAGUCGAACAAAACCUUUUGGUAAAGAACAGAGACAGAUUCACCCAGAACAUGUCAGUCUUUCGAAGAGACAUGGCAGAAGCGCUACGCAACGAAGGGGCCACAGAACCAAGCAGUUUAGAUAUGAUGAGCUGACACUGACUUUGGGUACCAGAGCACUAAUUAGAAAAGAGACUCUUAGAGUUUUGGAUUUGGCCAUAUUGUUAGUAGAUUUUGACUCUUAUAGAAACUAUUUUUUUAAAAAAAGCUUCUGCCUUUUUAUAUUUCUGGCCUAAAUAUAAGAAUUUAUUAUAGUGAAGACAAUGUAAAAUCAGUCUUAGCUUAAAAAAACAUUUUCAGCCUUUCAUAUCAAAAUUUAUUAUCCCUGGUUCUUUUACAUUUACAAAAUUGGUGUAAAAACAAUACUUAACCAAAGAACAUAAUAAAUGCAUGUUGCUUUUAAGCUUGUAUUAGUUGAUGAUUCUCAGUUCCACACAAAAUAGUAAACGUCCUUGAACAUAAACAAAAAAUCCAAGCUCGCUUUCACUCAGUUCACCUUGAUCAAAACAGAGGUGGAAAGCAGUAUAAUUUCUAUAUGAAUUCCUUUGAAUUAAUAAAAAACAUAUAUUUUUCUACAAAACGACUGCAUGUAUAUGUAGACUUCAUUCCCAGUGAAAAGAACAAUGACAACUAAAAGAAUAAAAAUUAAACCCUAAGACUGUGUGUUAGAAAUCUGAAAUAUUACAUAUUAUAAAAUUAAAGGUAGUACUGCCACCUUUCAUGAGAUACAGGAAAUAUUUUCAUUUCACAGAUGUACAUGUCCAAGUGAGUUUAUUCCAGAAAAAAAGACAAAUACUACAGCUGUUAAAUGUUAAGACGUUUCUUUAAAAGAAUUAAAUCAUCUGCCACUGGAAAAAGAAAGCAGAUAGUUACAAAGACUUAUAUCCCAUAUUUAGAGUGGUAUGUGGCACAAUGAAGAUGAAAAGAUGCAUCUAAAAUAGAAAACUCAGCAGAUUCAUCUUCUCCUAUUCAGGGAUCGUAAAGAGUUCAAUACGUGCCAAAACAAAAUUCCUUUUGUACUGUAAGGCUUACACUUAAUGUUAUCCACUCUGAGUUCAUGUAGAACAAUUAAUUUCCAUUGUGUGGUGGGUAUGAAUUAUUGUGUGGGUUGAUGAAAUACGCAAAUUAAUUGGAAUGAGGUUUAACAAAAAUUGAACUAUUUAAGCAAUAAGUCAAUUAGUUCAUAAUGUACAAAAGCUAUUAUGUGCAAUUAGAAAUUGCUGCUGUCUUUUUUACUGAGAUGUAAAUAAUCUAUUUCAUGUGUUUAUCAUGCUUUUGUAUAUUUGCAUAACUUGGUAACACAUUUCCCACUUUCUGGAUAAAAAUAUGAGAUGGUCAUUGCAGGUAGAAGAAGAGAUUCAAAUCAGAAUUUCUGGUAGACACUUACCUAUUUUUCCUGUGUGAUUUCAUAGAUUUUUCCACAAAUUUUUAAAUUACAAGAACUCAGUAUAAGAGGGAAUCAGUUAAGAAGUUUUCUACUUUCCUACUUCUAAGCUUAGCUGA